AUGUCGGGAACGCUAUCUUCAGAUGCCGGCUCCAGCCGACCUGACCCGCAGAGGAACACCGUCGUCGAGAAUUGCACUCUGUCCUCACUCGAAGGCGGUGGAUCCUCGACCAGGGAACGUAUUAAUAUCUCGCCCUCGACCUACAAGCUGCUUACGGCCGCCGACAUCUACCGCCAGUCCACUUCGGACGACGACUCGGGCUGCGCAUUGGAAGAAUACGCCUGGGUUCCCUCCGGGCUUCGGCCGGACAUGGUACAACGUUACUUCUCGCGAUUGCCUGAAGACAAGGUGCCAUACCUGAAAAGUUCCGGCGAAAAAUGGCGUAUUCGACAGCUGCUCCUGCAGCUACCGCCACAAGAUUCAGAGACGAGAUACUGCCGUGAUUUGUCGUGCAGGGAGGAGAAGGAGUUGAAGGCGUUUGUUCAGAUGAGGAAAAAGGAGGCUCUUGGCCGAGGUGUGGUUCAGGUCAUCCAUCGCUUGAAAAACACCGUGUGUUCCGAAUGCAACGAAACAUUGAACGUCGGUGAUCUGGCCGUAUUCGCUGAGAGAGUCGGCGAACACGCAGCCUGGCAUCCGUACUGUUUCAUCUGUCACAGCUGCCAUGAGCUGUUAAUCGACCUAAUCUACUUCUACAAAGACGGCUACGUGUACUGCGGAAGGCAUCAUGCGGAGCUUUUCAAACCACGGUGCGCUGCUUGCGACGAGAUAAUCUUUGCUGACGAAUGCAUCGAAGCCGAGGGCCGAUUCUGGCAUUUGCGUCAUUUUGCGUGCUUCGAAUGUGAUAAGUGUCUCGGCGGAACUCGAUACGUGAUGAAGGACCACCACCCUUACUGUCUGGAGUGCUUCGAAACGACACUCGCCUUGCCCUGUACUACCUGCUCACAGCCGAUCGCGAUCGAAGACCUUCGCAUGACGUGUGGAGACCGGCAAUGGCAUGCUAAGCAGGAAUGCUUCACGUGUGGCGUCUGUUCCAAGCCGCUUCUCGGCAAAUCCUUUGUGUCCCGGGCGGAAGGCGUCUUCUGCAACGACAAGUGCUACCUUUCGUACUCAGACUGUGCAAAAACAGGAGUGAAAGGGUGCAAUCCCGUCUCAAAUGGUGGUGUAAGAGAUAUUACAAUAACCUGCUUAAAGUGA